UCAAGUGGGGUGACUGAGGAGACCCAGAUGGGGUAUUAGCCUAGACUACACUAGCUUCUUUUGUCGUCGAUUGUACUACUGGCAUCUGGAAACAAGCUCCGCGUUUAGCGCACUGGAGCGAGAUUUACUGCCAUGCUGUUUAGGAGUAAGCAAUCAGUCGCUGAGUAAGCAAUCAGUUGGGGGGCAGGAGUUCGCCCGAAAAUAUCUUCUCUCUUGAACCAAUUUGGAGAGGAUGCCCUGGGCAAUAGAAUGGAAAUGUGAUUCUACGUUGGCUUAUUGUUUUUGACAGCCUUCUUGCCCACUCUUAUCGCUGCGGCGAGGAUGGUGCUGAAUGGACAGCUCCUUUGAUGCGCGGGAGCACUGAGGUGGCUAUGACGAGACUUCGUGCCAAUACACAUACACAAAGAUUGGCCACUAAACUUGGAGUGCACGUGUUAUUCUUUCAUGGGUAGAUGCUGACGGAUUCCUCUCGGUUUCAUGGCUGGGGCACGGCGGAUAAAAACUUUGUUGACUUUAAACAUCUGCGUUUUUGUGGGCAUUAUACUGUUCUCGAUUUACUGCAGAAUUCAGGAUCGAUCAGAGGAAUUCAUGAAAAACGGCAAGACUACUGAGCAAAGAUCUAACCGUAGAAAUGGAAAAAUCACUAACUUUGUGGACAAGCAGGCAAUUCUUCAAAGGCUCGAACAUCUUGAGGACGUGGUCUUCCAUCAAUUAAACGGGCUGGGAAAGCCGGUUGGAUUGCUGGAGGGACAAAUGGGUCUGAGACAGGGGCAGGCCAGGAACCCUGCAACCCUGAGAAACCCCGUCCGUGACCCAGAUGGGGGAAAGUACAAAGAUUAUGGCUACAAUGCACAGCUGAGCAAUCAAAUCCCUCUGGAUAGAUCCAUUCCCGACUACAGGCCGAAAAAGUGCAAGCUGAUGACUUACCCAGAUGACCUCCCUCAGAUGACGGUGGUAUUCAUCUUUGUAAACGAGGCCUUGUCUGUGAUCCUACGGUCAGUCAACAGCCUGGUCAAUCACACACCUGCAUACGUCCUCAAGGAGAUCAUCCUGGUGGACGACAACAGUGACAGUGUGGACCUAAAGCUGAACCUGGAUCAGUAUGUGAAUAAGAAUUAUCCAGGCCUAGUGAAGAUUGUCAGAAAUAGCAGACGAGAGGGACUUAUACGGGCCAGAAUCCUUGGAUGGAAAGCAGCCACUGCACCAGUUGUUGGCUUCUUUGACGCACAUGUUGAGUUCAACACAGCAUGGGCAGAGCCAAUCCUAACAAGAAUCAGGGAGGAUCGAACACGUAUUAUUCUGCCGUCGAUCGACAACAUCAAGCACAACACGUUUGAGGUGCAGCGGUAUGACAACGCAGCCCAUGGCUACAACUGGGGCCUGUGGUGUAUGUACAUCAUACCCCCUCAGGCCUGGCUGGACAGAGGAGAUCAGACGGCCCCCAUCAGGACCCCUGCCAUGAUUGGCUGUUCCUUUGUGGUGAACAGAGAAUACUUUAGAGAGAUUGGCCUUCUAGACCCAGGCAUGGAGGUGUAUGGAGGAGAGAACAUUGAGUUGGGCAUGAGGGUAUGGCAGUGCGGAGGGAGUAUGGAGGUUUUACCUUGUGCUCGGGUGGCACACGUUGAACGCACCAAGAAACCCUACAACAACGACAUUGAUUACUAUGCCAAGCGCAAUGCCUUGAGGGCAGCUGAGGUAUGGAUGGAUGACUACAAAUCCCAUGUAUACAUGGCCUGGAAUAUCCCCAUCAAUAACCCUGGGGUUGAUUUUGGAGAUGUUUCUGAGAGAAUCGCCUUGAGGAAGAAAUUGCAAUGUCGCAGUUUCCAGUGGUACUUGCAGAAUGUGUAUCCAGAGAUGCGAGUGUACAACGACACCAUCACCUACGGUGAGGUGCGGAACAGCAAGGCCAGUGGCUAUUGCUUAGACCAAGGACCAGAUGAUGAAAGCAGUCCUAUUCUCUACCCGUGCCACGGCAUGACAUCUCAGCUGGCCCGUUACACCUCAGCGGGGCUUCUGCAGCUAGGUCCCCUGGGCUCCACUACGUUCCUGCCCAACACCAAGUGUCUGGUGGAUGAGGGACGAGGGAGGACGCCAAGUCUAAAUAAAUGUGAGGGAAUGUCACGCUCAUCACAGAGGCUUUGGGACUUUACUCAGAAUGGCCCAAUAAUCAGCAGAGACACUGGUCGUUGUUUGGAAGUAGAGAUGUCCAGAGAGGCCAGCUUCGGCCUGCGCCUGGUGGUCCAGAGGUGCUCUGGUCAGAAGUGGACUAUUAGGAACUGGAUCAAACCUCCACGACACUGAGGGUGGUCUCACACUCAAAAGGAGGUACACCAUGUACAGGCCAGCUGAAGUCUACAAAGGGACAUGGGAUCCUCUUCACAAAGAUUGUGUUCCUUUGGAUUGAGGCUAUAGACUCUGUUGUCUGUCCCUUUAAAGGUCAAGGAAUUUCAAAAGCAUCUUAACACCAACCUUCAACAUCUCAAGCACCUCAAGUCAUCACAAAGAAUGUCAUCACAAAGAAUGGAGGAUACAUAUCCCUACGAAGAACCAUAGAAUGUACCAUAUCCACUACAGAGAUUGUCUAAGACAAUGAGAUUUGUGGUCUGUGAUACUGAAGGAUUUAGUAUAAACGAAGUGGCAUCUCUUCACAAACCUGCACAGCAAAAUCAAUGGUGUACAUUUAACUAUGAAAUGUAAAAUUUACACUAUUUUCAGUGAAAAUAUGAGUGUCAUUGAACUGGUGUUCAGUUAACACUUAUGAAAGUGUUAAAGAUUUAACACUGUUGCAGUGCUCCCCAUUCAACUCUUAAAGUGUUCAAAUGAACUUGAUUGUGGUUUUUGCAUAACUCUAUUGUAGAAAAAUACGCAACACGUACAGUGUAAAACAUAACACUUGGUUUAGAGCAGGGCUUUCCAGCCCUGUUCCUGGACACCUACCGUCCUCUCGAUUUUUGCGACAACCCUAAUCUGGUGCACCUGAUUCUAAUAAUUAUCUGGUUUAUAAGAUGAAUCAGGUUAGUUACAACUGGGGUUGGAGUGAAAACCUACAGGAGGGUAGCUCUUCAGGAAAAGGGUUAGAGAGCCCUGAUUUAGAGUAAACUGGACUCCCUUUGCUUAGUGCUGAUGCUGUUACACUUUAUCAGUAUAAGAAAUUAACAACUGUUACAGUAUAUAAUUUUUGGAUUUUAACACUGUUUGGUGUAAAGCCUAAUUUGCAUAUUUAUUUGAGUGAAUUGUAGAGUUACUACCCAUGACUGUAUUUGUUAGUGAUUUGUUAGGUUAUUGAAUUAUUUCAUUUUAAAGGCAUGUGGCUUUCACCAAGUGAGUACCUAGGCAAAUGCAAUCAUUACAAUUUUACUCUAUGACAAUACAAUACAAUACAUACAGCUCCAAAAGUAUUGGGACAGUGGCACCAUGUUGUUAUUUUGGCUCUGUACUCCAGCACUUUGGAUUUGAAAUGAUACAAUGGCUAUGAGGUUAAAGUGCAUACUGUCAGCUUUAAUUUUAUGCUAUUUGGAUGCAUUUGCUGUUUUUUUGUUUGUGUUUCAGAUGAUUUUGUGCCCAAUAUAAAUGAAUGGUAAAUAGUGUAUUGUCAUUUUGAAUUAUUUUAUUGUAAAUAAGAGUGGUGUUGUAGUACUCAAGACAGUCCGUUUUCGAGACCACAUAUUGAGUGUCUCAGUCUUGUCUCGAUAUCGGAUACAUUUGUACUAGGUCUUGACUCGGUCUUGGACAGUGAGGACUCCUAAUUUCUUCCCGAGGCCAGCCGAGACCAGCGGAUUAAAAAGCUUCCAUUCAGUCAGCGCAUAAAACCGCUUUGCCAGGCCAAAUAUAUACACUUCUUUCUUGAAACACAAAUACAGUGCCUUGCAAAAGUAUUAGUACAU